AUGCGAUGCAUCGAUUCUAACCAUUCGACCUUUAAACAACGUCCUCAAAGUAACUUAGAAAGAAGCAAUAAUAAUUCUAAACUUUUCAAUCCUAAACAGGUCGGCGACAACAAGAGACUGUGUCAAACGAUCGCCAGCGGGAAAGAGACGGAGAACAAGCUACUAUUGCAGAUAAGCGAAGCCGAGCAAGUAACCGACUUUGAAAGGAUUCUUAAUGCUAAUGCAAUACUGUGGGAACGGGGUCACGUGUGGCGACGCAGCAUUGCCGCACAUACUCCGUCCGCUUCACUCCUCCCGAGACCCCGCUCUACCUACUCACUUCAUACAGUGAGCCAAGCCUACCAACAACUGUUCCAACAACACGAGGAAUCGGUCCAACCACUCGUAGAGCGCUAUCGUCAAGCCGCCGACACUAAUGUCACUUGUACAACACCAAGUUUACUAGAGAAAAAUUUCUACGAAAAUCUUCAGGAUCUCUCCAAAUUCUACGAGGAUGACAACGAUUUGCAGAAGGAAAUAGAAACUAUAACGGAUCGUCUCAUAACUGUGGAAGUGGAAGUGGAGUCUCAGCAAUCUAGCGCCCGAAGUAAGAACUUCAACGUCAAUUUAGCUGGUCUGAUAGGAUUACACGUGAACGGGGAAGGAUUUUCUCCAACUGCACGUGAAGAUCAAGGCCCUGAGAUUGAAAAAAACACCGCGUAUGAAGGGAAGGAAUGGCUUCCGAGUAUGAGCGCAAAUUUCGAUGAGCGACAACAAUCAAACGCAAACAGCUCAAGUGUUGACCAUCUGGCAAGUAACUUGGAGUCAGUCCAAAUUGAUUGCGAUGCUAAGGUUCCCACGAUAACGUUUACCAAUUACUGCGACGUGCGGGUCAAGAGCGAUACGCCGGACAAUACGAAUGUCGUCAUUCAUCUCCCCGUGCCAGUUAUUGACAGCAUUGAUGAGUCCCGCCCACCAAUAUAA